AUUGAUAUGUCAUUUUACAAAUACCCUUUCCCGAGUUUAUUUAAAAGAAUCAUAAACCAAAAAACAUCGCCAGCAAAGCACCUUAUCGCCUUACGUGAGUCCAAACAGUAUCGUCAAGAAAAACAAGCUGUUGUUGUUCAAGGGCUAAAGACGAUCAGAGAACUACGAGAUCAAGGUAUCAAGAUCAACUCAUUGAUUGUCACAGCCAAGAAAGAACCAAAAGAAGCAGAGGAAGUUAAGUUUCCAGCAAAUAGUGUUUUGGAGAAUCCAGACAGUUUUCCAGCCGAAAAGUAUUACUUGACCGAUGUUGAUUUAACACGAAGAAUUUUGGGUACAGCAUCUAGACCAGGCAGACAUGAGGUCUAUGCUGAAGUAGCUCUUUUACAACACACAUUUGAGCCCCAGGAACGAAUGCUGGUGCUUGAUAAAGUGAAUGAUCCUGGCAACUUGGGUACAAUUGUAAGAACAGCUAAAGGAUUAGGAUGGAAAUCUGGCAUCAUUACUUCUGGAACUUGUGAUCUAUAUAAUGACAAAGCCAUUAGAGCGUCGAGAGCAAUGUCAAUCACUUGGCCACAUACAAUUGUUUCGAUCACUGGUUUAUUAGAUUUUUUAAAAAAGCACAACAUUACGCCUAUUGUAGCCGACAUGUUACCUAAAGAUGACGAUAGUCAAAAAGUGUGGUCACCCGACUAUGGCCACUCAAACGUAAAGGACGUACAGCCUGGCUCUGGUAUCUGGUUUUGGAACUUUCAGGGUGAACAAUUGAACAUUCCAGAAAAGGUGGCUUUGGUAUUAAGCUGUGAACACAAUGGAGUUGAUGAAGCAUUAGAUCAUGUAACGAGAGUAUCUAUACCUUUAGCAUCCAAUGUAGAAUCACUCAAUGUUGCCUCAGCGGGAAGUAUUAUUAUGGCAGAAAUGAAUAGGUUGCUGAGGCAACGAGUCCGUACGACAUAAAAUAAUAUAUAAAACUAAAAAUAGACUUGUCAGCUUUACUAAAAAUAAAAUAAAUAACAUAGAUUGAAC